CAAAAAUCAGAAUCCUCAAACACCAUUUGUGUCUGUCACCACCAAACCCUUCUUUCCUCCAUUUUUUUGUUUUCCUUUGCUUUGUUUCUGAGUUACGAUUUUGUGAUUUCUUUCUUCGUUCAAAACAAAAAAGAAGAAAACCCAAAACGAAAGUUUCAAAAUUUCUGAAGAUUUCUCUGUUCUUUGUGUUUUCUGAAGAUCCUAAAAAAAAAAAGAGAGCUUUUUUUUUUUAUUCUUCAAUCAAAAGGGUUUUUGAGAACCCCAUGGGUACAGGGUUCUCUCUGUUUCACAAAAACCUAUCGUCUUGUUAUGGAGAUCGAGAUCUGUGCAAGCCUGGUUUAGGAGAUUUGCCUGAGAGUUGCGUGGCUUUGAUUCUCCAGAGCUUGGAUCCGGUUGAGAUCUGUAGAUUCUCGAAGCUAAACAGAGCUUUUCAUGGCGCUUCGUGGGCUGAUUUCGUCUGGGAAUCGAAACUUCCUCCAGAUUAUAGAUUGAUUCUCGAGAAAAUCCUUGGUGGUUUCCCGGAAAAUUUGAGUAAAAGAGACAUCUUUACUUUUCUCUCUCGAGUUAAUUCGUUCGACGAGGGCAACAAGAAAGCUUGGGUAGAUAAACGAACCGGUGGGCUCUGUUUAUGCAUAUCGGCUAAAGGCUUAACGAUAACCGGAAUUGAUGAUCGGAGAUACUGGAGUCAUAUUCCGACUGAUGAUUCUCGAUUCUCUUCAGUAGCAUACGUUCAACAAAUCUGGUGGUUUCAAGUUGAUGGAGAGAUUGAUUUCCCAUUCCCAGCUGGAACCUACAGUGUUUACUUCAGGCUUCAUCUAGGCAAACCGGGGAAGCGGUUUGGUUGGAGGGUUUGUGACACAGAACAGGUUCAUGGCUGGAACAUUAAACCGGUUAGGUUUCAACUCUCGACUGAAGAUGGACAACAUUCUUCAUCCCAAUGCAUGUUAACCGAAGCAGGGAACUGGAGUCAUCACCAUGCUGGAGACUUUGUGGUUGGUAAAUCGAAAAGUUCGUCGACGAAGAUUAAGUUCUCGAUGACUCAGAUUGAUUGCACGCAUACUAAAGGCGGGCUAUGUCUAGAUUCUGUAGUUGUGUAUCCGAGCUCGUGUAAGAACCGGUUGAGGCAGAAUUAAAGUUGCAAAAACCGGAGUUUGGUACUGUAGUUUAGAGGUUAAGAAAAGCUGUUCUUUUUGUUAGUUUUUAAAACCUUUUGUAGAAUCUCUGGGGGUAAUUAGAAAACUCAAUGUAAAGAGAAAAAAGAAGAAGAAGAGGGUAAUUAGUAGUAAGUACUAGUCAGGCUAUUAGUUUCAUUGUUUAAGUCAGAUUGUAAACUUUGAAUUUGAAAUUGAAAGAAUUUUUUUUUUUUAA